AUGUUCCUCAGCAGUCCCAUCCUGUUGUCCCGCACCCUCUCCCGCUCUCCCUUUCCCAGUGUCCCCUCCUCUCCCAGUCUCUCUGUCUCUCCCCAUGCCCAGCCGGGCCAUGCCCCUGGCCCGUCCCCCACCCCGGGCGGGGCUGCCCCGUGCGGGGCUGCCCCGUGCCCGGCCCCGGGUGUCCCUCCGCGGUCUCGCCUCUGGCCGGCUCUGGCCGUGCUGGCGGUGGCGCUGCUGGGCGGGCAUCAGUGCAUGGGGCAGGGGCGCCAUCUCCUCCCUUUGGUUCCCCCUGGCCUAAGCCCGGCCCCGGCCCCGCCCCGGCUCCUCCUGGGGCCGGCAGAGGACACACGCAGCGUGGCCGCUCCUGCCGCCUCUGCUGCGGCUUCCCCGGCCCGAGCUCCGCCGCUCAGCAGCGCGGCCGCCGGCCCCGAGCCUCCCGUGCCGCGUUCCGAAGAGCGAACGCCUGGGCAUGGCCGGCCCGGGGCGGAUGAGGGGCGCUCGGGGGCCAUUGCUGGCCCCGGGCCGAGCGCUGUCAGCCGUGUCCCGUGGGCAGGGAAGGCGCAGCAGGGCCUGAAGGAGCAGGACAGGCUGGGAUCGCUGCUGGGGCGCGGCGGCUUCAGCAGCGUCUUUGCGGCCACGUGGCUCUCAGAUGGCGGAGGGGCCGGCGGCAGGCACAGGAGUGCCAUCAAAAGGGUGCCACGGAAGCGCGUCCGGCACUGGGGCGAUCUGGUGAGUGAGCGGGGCCAGCGUGCACCCCUGGAUGUCGUGCUGCUGGCCAAGGUGUCCACUGGCUUCCCCGGUGUGGUCCAGCUGCUGGAGUGGCUUGAGCUCCCCAACGGCAUCGUUAUGGUGCUGGAACACCCGGAGCGCUCUCAGGACCUGCAGCGUUUCAUUCGGGCACGGGGGUUCCUGCCCGAGGAGGAGGCGCGGGAGCUGUUCCUCCAGGUGCUGGAGGCCGUGCGGCACUGCACCAGCUGCGGGGUCCUGCACAGGGACAUCAAGCCAGAGAACAUCCUGGUUGACCUGGACACCAGGCAGGCCAAACUGAUUGACUUUUGCUGUGGCACCUACCUGCAGGACACAGUCUACACUCACUUUGCAGGAACAUGGUCAUACAGCCCCCCGGAAUGGACCCACUUUGGCUGGUACUAUGGCAAGCCAGCUACCAUCUGGUCCCUGGGCAUCCUGCUGCACCAGAUGGUCUGCGGGGAGCACCCUUUCAGCAGGGGCCAGAACAUCAGCUGGGACCAUCAGCUCUUGCUGCCACAAGGGCUCUCUCAAGAGUGCCAAGAUCCGAUCAGGUGGUGUUUAUCCAUGCUGGACUUGGAAAAGCCCUCAUUAGAAGAGCUGCUCUCUCAUCCUUGGAUGCAGGAUAUUCAUCUGCCCUAG